GGGCACCUGGUGCCAAUUAGCUCAUCUUCUACGGAAAAUAGAGAGCUGCAAAAAUGGUCGAGUGGACAGACUUUGAGCGUGAAACCAUCCAGAACAUCUUCUCCCAGAUGGACUACGAGGAGAUUGGCCCCGCUGCUCUUUCCAGGUGUCUGGUUGUCUACCCCUGGACUCAGAGGUACUUUGGAAACUUUGGAAACCUCUACAACGCGGCUGCCAUCAAAGCAAACCCAAUGAUUGCAGUUCACGGAAAAACUAUCCUCCACGGUCUGGACCGUGCUGUGAAGAACAUGGACAACAUCAAGGCCACCUACGCAGAGCUGAGCGUGCUGCACUCUGAGAAACUGCAUGUGGAUCCUGACAACUUCAAGCUCCUGGCAGACUGCCUGACCAUUGUGCUCUCUGCCAAGUUGGGCAAUGCCUUCACCGGAGAGGUCCAGGCAGCUUUCCAGAAGUUCCUGGCCGUGGUGGUGUCCUCCCUGGGAAGGCAGUACCACUAGAGAGCUGAAACAGAGGACAUCAUCUGCUGAUCAUCUGUUCUGACUCAAAAGUGAAUAAAAGAAGAAGCUCAGUGAA